GAACAAUGGCUCGCGUUUCCUCACUGGUGUGCCUGAUCGCUGUGGCCUGCCUGGCCCUGCUGUGUGCCUGUGAAGCUGCCUACCCUGCGGCCCACCACGGCUACCCUGCUCAUGUCGGCUACGCCAGGUUCGGCUACGGCGGCUACCCUUCGUAUGGCUACCCAGCACACGGUAGCCACGGCUAUGGCUACCCCGCCUACGGCUACGGCAGCCAGUACGGCUAUCCCGCGUAUGGCUCCCACGGCGUCUACAACUGAAGAGCAGCGGUUGGUGACCCACCUCCUGUGCAUGGCUGCCCACCUGACGAAUACUUUCCUUUCUGCCACACCACUGCGUCCAAAUUACCUGUUCCUUACUCUAUGAAGGUGGUGCAGUAAUAAGGAAAGAAAACUCUUACAGGAAGGUGUGCAGCACAUAUCUCCGUCCGGCCAUCCUGAUUUGGGUUUUCCGUGGUUUUCCCAAAUCGCUUCAGGCGAAUGCCAGGAUGGUUCCUCUCCAAUGGCCACGGCUUGCACAUUCCCAAUUUGCCCUUCAGCUGAGUUACUGCUCUAAUGGCUUCAGCACUGAACUAUGACGUACCUACCAUCAACCCUGUUC